AUGGCAAGGAAAGACAAGGACAACGGCCCAGAAUUCGUGCCUCUAACAAACCGGUCACACAGAUCCUCGGCUUCAUUCAGCUCAACAGAUUCACUAUCUUCGGACGGCUCUCUCUUUGGCGAUGAUGACGUCAACGCGCUCCAUUCUCAAAAGAUAACGAGAACACAGUUGCCGGAGGAAAACCCCUAUCGCGAUGAUGACGUGGAACUUGAACGAGGGGAUAAUAUAUUUUCACGUCCGACAGAGAACUCGAAAAGAAAUCGAGGCAGUCGAUUGAUAUGGGUUGUUGGAUUAUUGUGCUUGGGGGGUUGGAUAUUAGCAUUUGUACUGUUCUGGGGUCGGCGGAAUAGCGAGCUGAGCUCCUCAAUCGCUGCAGUUCAUGGCGCUGAUAGUGCUACGGGGUCUACGAGUUAUGGAAAGCCGCUCACCCUGGACGGCGUUCUAAACGGUUCUUGGGGCAGGAGGAGACAUUCAAUAUCUUGGGUUGCCGGGCCGAAUGGCCAGGACGGACUUUUGCUUGAACGCGAUGAAGACGAGAAGAAAGCAUAUCUGCGAGUUGAGAGCAUACACAGCCGUCAGAAUCAGACCGAUGCCAGAGAAGGAUGGGUUCUCAUGGAGUCUGGAGCUUUUGCGGUCAACGGUAAAUCUUUGCAGCCUUCAGCAACCUGGCCGAGUCCCGACUUCAAGAGCGUGCUUGUUGCUGCAAAUGCCGUGAGUAAUUGGCGGCAUUCUUUUACUGCUACGUAUUGGCUCUUUGACGUGGACACUCAAACGGCGCAACCCCUUGAUCCCGACGAACCCAAAGGCCGCAUACAGCUUGCGUCGUGGUCUCCGCAAUCCGAUGCUGUCGUUUUCACACGAGACAAUAAUUUGUAUCUGAGAAAAUUAGAUUCGGACAAGGUGAGCCAACUCACCAAAGAUGGCGGGAAAGACGUCUUUAACGGCGUUCCCGAUUGGGUUUAUGAAGAAGAGGUUUUUGGCACAGAUAGCACAACAUGGUGGUCAAAAGACGGGAAAUAUGUCGCUUUUCUGCGCACAAACGAGUCCAUGGUGCCUGAAUUUCCUAUAGAGUAUUACAUGUCUCGACCGUCGGGGAAAAAACCCCCGGCUGGUUUGGACAAGUACCCGGACGUACGCAAGAUCAAGUACCCUAAAGCCGGGUCCCCCAAUCCAGUCGUGACGCUUCAAUUUUACGAUAUUGAAAAUGCCGAGGUUUUUUCUGUGAACGUCUCGGGAGGUUUUGCUGACGACGAUCGUCUCAUAACCGAAGUUGUCUGGGCUUCCAGUGGAAAAGUGCUAGUCAAAGAAUUCAAUCGAGAAAGUGACGUUAUCCGCACAGUACUCAUUGAUGUUCCUUCAAGGACGGGAGAACUUGUCAGGGUGGACAACUUUGCGCAAGACGAUGGCGGCUGGGCUGAGGUGACUCAGUCAACUACAUUUAUCCCCGCAGACCCGGCAAAUGGUCGUCCAGAUGAUGGUUACAUUGAUAUCAUUGUCCAUGAUGGCUAUGACCAUUGGGGUUAUUUCACGCCUGUCAACAAUUCAGUCCCUGUUCUUCUCACGUCCGGCCCUUGGGAAGUGGUAGAUACAGAGCCCGCAGUCGACCUUGCUAACAACAUCGUCUAUUUUGUUGCGUCAAAAGAAUCGCCAACGCAACGACACGUAUACAGCGUUAAGCUUGACGGAUCAGAUCUUCAGCCACUGACUGACGUAACCAAAGCCGGUUACUAUGAUGCAUCCUUUUCGAUUGGUGGCGGGUAUGUAUUGCUGAGCUAUGACGGACCUCGUGUCCCAUGGCAAAAAGUGAUUAAUACACCAAGUAAUCAAAAUCCUUUUGAAGAAAUUAUCGAACAGAACGAGCAACUUUCCAAAAUGAUUGAGAAAUACGCCCUGCCUGCCGAGAUUUAUCAAAAUAUCACUAUAGACAAUGUUACUUUACAGGUUGUUGAACGACGGCCACCACACUUCAACCCGGUCAAGAAAUACCCCGUUCUUUUCUGGUUAUACGGAGGACCAGGGUCUCAGUCGGUAGACAGAAGAUUCUCGGUCGACUUCCAAUCCUACGUUGCCUCAACGUUGGGAUAUAUCGUGGUCACAGUGGACGGCCGGGGAACCGGCCAUAUCGGCCGUGCAGCUCGAACGAUAGUCAGAGGAAACCUCGGCUACUGGGAAGCCCGCGACCAAAUCGAAACUGCAAAAGCAUGGGCCAAAAAGCCCUACGUGGACAAAGACCAUAUCGCCAUCUGGGGCUGGAGCUACGGAGGCUUCAUGACUUUGAAGACACUGGAACAGGAUGCUGGACAGACUUUCCAGUACGGCAUGGCAGUCAGUCCCGUAACCGACUGGCGCUUCUACGACUCCAUCUAUACCGAGCGAUACAUGCAUACCCCCGAGCAUAACCCAACCGGUUACGAGCACAGCGCAAUCUCGAAUAUGACUGCAUUGCAGCAAAAUGUUCGAUUUCUUGUCAUGCACGGCACUGCGGAUGAUAAUGUGCAUUUUCAGAAUACGCUGUCUCUGAUUGAUAAAUUGGAUAUGGCGGGCGUGGAGAAUUAUGAUGUGCACGUGUAUCCGGAUUCGGAUCAUAGUAUAUAUUUCCAUAAUGCGCAUAAGAUGGUUUAUGACCGUCUAUCUUCUUGGUUGGUGACCGCCUUUACAGAUGGAUGGCAACAGGGCAACAGUGUUUUGCCGGUUACCUAG